AAUUGAAACACCGUGGUGUUAAUAUCACCCUCGUCGUUCGGCGCACUAACUUAUUGCAGUGACGUCAUCUAGGAAUAACCGUGACGGCAGUGAACAGUGCGCAGCCUGAAUAGUGGGAGUGGACAGACGUGGAGAAAUCGCCGGUAUUUACAAGGGACAAGGUAGACAUGACAACGAACGUGUAUCCCGACGGACCCGUCAGCUUGCCGUUUAUAGGCAAUAAGUUGCAGCUUGGAAAGGAUCCACAUCAAAAGUUACGUGAAAUGAGUAAGAAAUACGGCAAAAUUGUAAGUGUGAAGUUCGGAGAUAAAGAGGCCGUGGUGCUGAAUUCCAUGGAACUCCUACGGGAAGCCAUGGUGCAGAAGGGACAGGAUUUCAAUGGUCGACCCCCACUCAGGUUGUACGAGGAGCUGGCAUCAAAAAGCAACAAAGGGUUACGAUUAGCGGAGGAGCCGUACUGGAGGGUCAGUCGUAAAAUCGCCGAUUUAGCUCUGAAAAUAGUAGGCCACGAGAAAUGGGAAAAAAUAAUUGAAGAUGAAGCAAAGACACUUAUAGCGACCUUGAAGGACGUGGAAGAGCGUCGUUUUGAUCCAGCUCCAGAUAUCGACUUUGCCGUCACCAAUGUUAUGUGCACGGCACUGUUCAGUACGCGUUAUAAACGAGACGACAAGGAAUUCCUGAUGCUUUAUCAGAAUCAACGCGUAAUAAACGAAAAUAUAUGGAAGAAUUCCCCUCAAGACUACUUCUCAUUCAUCAAACAUCUACCAGAUUCGGAUAAAACGACAGAUUUCCGCCUGGCUGUGGCCGCGCGUGAUGCCUUCUUUCAUCGCAAACUCAUGGAGCACAAAUCUACGUUUCAGCACGACCGAAUACGUGACGUCACAGAUGCUCUGAUAAAAGCCAGGAUGGAGAUGCAAGCAGAGAUCCCUGAUAUUAACAUCAGUGAUGAAUAUCUAGAGCUUCUUAUUUGGGAUUUAUUUGAUGGCGCCUGUGCAACGACUUCAGCAGUGCUGAAAUGGACAUUGGUAUACAUGCUGAACUUCCCUUCCGUGCAGGAAAAAGUCCACCAAGAACUACAGGAUGUGUUGGGAGAUGACCCAGUAUCCAUUGCUGACAGAGUACGGUUACCAUAUCUACAGGCUUCGAUUUUAGAAACCUUACGACUCUCUCCGCCGUUGCCGCUUACAGUGCCGCACAGGACCACGCUGUCCACUAAAAUUGGUCAGUUUACAAUACCAAAAGACACGAUAAUUGUUUCAAAUCUGUGGGCCAUGCAGCGUGACCCCGAUGUAUUCUUAGAAGCCGAAGUGUUCACGCCGGAUCGAUUUAUUGAUCCUGAUACUAAUCACCUCUUUCCGUUGAGCUCCAUGAACUUUCAGCCGUUUGGUGCUGGGCCACGUCGCUGUCCAGGCGAGUCGUUCGCCAUGAUGCAGCUAUUUUUAUUCAGUGCCUUCUUGUUGCAUCAGUACAACGUGGAACUACCUUCAGGCGCCGCAAUGCCGGCAACUACAGGCGAACUCCAAAAAGUACUUCAGCCAGAACCGUUUCAAGUCCUUUUGCACAGUCGCUAACCCGUGUGAGCUGAGUGGGUGGACAAAGUCAGUCGCAAAAUGAGUGCAUAACUCAGCUGGUGCACGCGAUGUUCGAUACAUGUACAUAUUAUGUAAAUAUGACGAUUUGUGAUGGGUACAGUUAAGAUUAGCCACUAAAGCAGCCUCCCGAUGGAAUAAACAUGAUCUUUUUAUACGAUUAAAUAUUUCGUAGAAAAAGAAAUAAGAAUUACUGGUAUCCCAAAUAAGAACUGAUAACUUUGUACCAAGGUAUGCGAUUAAUCAUCACAGGGUGACUUACGACGUUGCUUGGAGACGAAUUGCCAUUUUCUUUCUAAAGAUGUGAGAAGUAACACUCUGUGAAACAAACCAAAGUAACUUGUCAUCUCGCGUCAUUAGCGACGGGGGUAUAUUAGCACUACAUAUGCCUUAGGCAGUAUUACACAAGCAUUAUGGGUACUUUACUCUAUGCCUUCUAAACUACCUACGCGAUCUACUCAGGUAAUCUCCCUAGAAGCAGAUUGUAAAUCUCCUGAGAUGCUACAUCGCGCAAUACAACAAUCGAAGACGUGCUUUCAAUUUUAAAGACCCGAAUGUAGAUAUCUCACUACUACUAGAGAGAGUAGGGCAGAGCAGCAUUAUGAAAUCUUUGUUUCACUUUCAAGGCGUUUGACGUUUGAAUUGUAAAGGCGCUGUCUUUGGGAUUCAAGAGGGGACUGAGUGUCCUAUUGCCGGGGUGGAUUUACGAUCGAUAUAGUAACAAUCUCAUAUUUAACCUUAUAUUUAUUAAUAGUGGGCACAUAACAUGACUACGUAGGUUCAGUGUUUUAUGCCUAUUUUCACAAGGAUGAAUUUUGCUUGACUAUGAACUUACACAAAUUGUUUUAAGUUUAGUUUUAGUAUAUUUAUGGCUGCAAUUUUCCUAUCGGCCACUGAAAAAAGUUGGGCAAUUAUCAUUGUAGUUGGGUUCUCAAUUUCAUCGCAAAUUCAUUGAAUUAAAGCGGGGGUCGUCACCUGCGCAUACGGCAAACGGCCAUAGCGUGUCGUUGUUUACAAACAAGCGUCUAUCGUCGUCACUUGGGACUCAAUUCCCGCGCAUGCGCAGGUGACGGCCCCUCCGCUUUAAGUAUUGGAGCCCUUCUAAGUUUACCCACUGGGUUUUCAAUUUUUUUAGAGACGAUUUCCGGGGCGAGACCCAGAUCCCUUUACCGUAACAAUGUAUGCCCAUUAAAUGUAUUGAUUGCAUUUCUUUGUUUUACGCCCGGAUGAAUUGACAAACAAAUGACGUCACAGCCCGUCGGACUAUUUAGUCGAAAUUACUAGUAAUUAGUGCUACAGUGAUCGACUGCCCUCUAACUCACGGGCUUUGAACGAGAACAUGACAGAAGCGCGUCGGCGAUGGCGUACUAACUACUAGUAUCUUAUGACUGACACAGCACUUCACCUACUUGCGUUAUUUUUAGUAUGAAUACUUGAUGGUAGGUGCAUAUUUGUAACUACAUUUGUAAUGAAUCGCGUGACUAAAUUAGAUCUGCCAACUCACUGUGUCGGUACCAGUUACACGGAGUCCCAAAAUCCUCAGCACAGAAACUCAAGCACUAUAAUAUAUCCACCCACUGUUUCAUUCAAUUCAGUUCCAUAUGUAUACGCGGGACAGGCAUUGUAACUCCAAAUAGGAGUUCGAAUAACUGAAGUGAAAAUGUAAUAGAAUGUUCGUGAUUGAUAGCUUCAUUUUAUAUCAUGCUCGUUAUGGCCGCCUUUAUAUAAAUUGUGUUUCGGUGUAUUUUUAUUUCAUUUUUAAAGUUAAAAAAAAACAAAAAACAAAAACAACAACAGUCAAUUUAAUGUAAUUCAUUAUGAAAUAAGGGGCUAUGACGAAUUUGAUUAUAUCGGUCAAAUAUUUUCACAUAAUGUGCCCUGUAACCGGUAGUGACGUAAUAGUAGUAAUCCAUCACGCUAAAAAAAAUAGUGCGAAAUAGAUAACACCACAUUCGGAAUAUCCACCCGCAGCCAUUUUAUUUACAAAGACAAGUUUAGUUUCAAUUUCAAUAUAAAUGACACUGCGAUCAUGGUUACAUUACUUGUCACGACACAGAUGACUAGGUUUAUUUGUUCACAAUUAUUGUUUUGAUGUUUAACUUUUAAAAAAUCGGCUGUUUUGUUUAGAAUCAAGAAUUGAUGAUAUGUGUGUAUUUAUGUAAGGGUGUAUA